AUGUCAAGAAGAUCAGGUAGAAGAUCAAUAAAUUCAGAUAAUAAAUCCUCAUCAUCAAUAAAUGGGGAUGAUAUGGAUUUAGAUGAGAAUAAUGAAUUAGAAAUUAAAAGAGAAUCACGAAGUAAUAGAAACAACCAUGGAAUAAAUUCAAAUGAAGAUGAAAAUAAUGAACUUAAUGUUGAAAAAAAUGAUGAUGAAGAGAAUCAAGGUAAUAACGAUUCAUCAAUUGAAGAUGAAGAAGAAGUCACAAGAUGUAUAUGUGGACAAGAUGAAUUACUGUCUAAUCUAAUAAAUCCAAAUUUAGCACAAUUAUUGAAAAAGGAAUACAAAAUAACUAUAGAUCAAGGAUUAUUUAUUCAAUGUGAGAAAUGUGGAGUAUGGCAACAUGGUUAUUGUGUAGGAUUAUAUGAAAAUGAAGAUGUACCAGAUAAAUAUUGGUGUGAAGAAUGUAAACCUGAAAAUCAUAUUUUAGUAAAUUAUGAUCCAUAUCUGAAAAGAACAUUAUAUAAAUCAGUUAAUGAUAAAAGGAAAAAAAUUGAAAAAUUUGGAGUUGAAAAUGAAGAUUUAAAAGAUAUUAAACCAAAUUCAAAUAAUAAUAGUAUUGAUAAUGAUAUAGAUGAUGAUAAUGAAAAUUCAAGACAAUCUAAGAGAAAAAGAAUUUCACCACCAGUUCAAUCUAAAGAUAAAAGAAAAGAAAGAAGGAUACAUCAUCAUCAUAAUGAAGAAGAUGAGUAUGAUAAACAAUUACAAAAAGCUUUAAGAGAAAGUGCAAAAGAAUCAGGGUUAGUGAUAGAUGAAAGUGAUGCAGAUAAUUUGUCACCUAGGAAAAGAAGUAGUAGAGCUUCAUCAUUAAACGCUUCAUCAAAUAAUUCAGAUUCUGCAAUUUCUAAAAAAUUUAAAAAGGAAAUCAAUGAAGAUGAAAAUGAAUCAGAUACAAAUAAUCAAAACAUCAAACCAAUAAAUAAUCAUAUAAAUGGCAGAAGGAAAACAGAAUACAAAAAAUCAAAAAGUAAACUAGCUAAAAAAAAAAGAGAUUUAACAUCUUCUUCAUCAUCUUCUUCCAAUUCAUCACAACAAAAAAAUCAAAAUCAUUCAAAUCAAAACAUAUCAUCACCUACAACAAAUACCGCAGGAUCUUCAUCAUCAAAUUCAACAACAAAUAAUCAUACAAUAAAUAAAGAUGAAAUUAUACAACAACCCUAUAAACCAAGAUAUGUAAGUAUAAAUUCUUCAAUUUAUGAUUUAAGAAAAAGAACAAGUGCAAUAAUUGAAUGGAUAUCAAGAACAAAACAAGAUUUAAUUGAAGAAAAAAAAUAUAAAUUUGAAUUAUAUUCUUUUACUCCAGAUUCUGAUUCAAUAAUUAAUGAAAAAAAACAAUUUGAAAUAAAAUUUAACGAAAAACUGGAAAUGAUUAAUAAUUUAAGUUCAAAAAUUAAUGAAUGGGAAUUAAAAUUUGGUAAAUAUGCUCCUUAA